AUGGCGCCACCUAAGAGAUUAGCGAGCAGCACUGCAGCAACAGCAGGGGAUUUGGUCGCAACUGCCACCAACAGCAGUAGCAGCAGCCAUUCGGCGUCCAGCGGCGAUGCUGGAGCCACCGGCACAGCUGCAUCCUCCUCGUCGUCGUCGUCGAGCAACAACAUCCUGAAGACAUCCACGAAGUUUAUUUACAAUAAGCCCCAAAACCACUACGAGUUGUUGCAGCAGCAGCUUCAGCUGCAGCAGGAGUUCGCCCAGUUCUUGACCAAUGUGGCCAACAGCGCCGCAACUCCAUCUAGCAACGGCUCGGCUAACUCGACAAACCAGCGUAAUGGAGGUGGAACCAUCGGCAUGGGUCUGGGAAUGUCGGCCAACUCAGCUGGCGGAGGUUCCGGCAACAAAAACAGUAACGGCAACAAUGGCUAUAUGCCAACCUGGUCUAAUUGGUUCUUUUAA